ACCGACAUCCACCCCGACUUUACUGCCGGGCCGGCUCCCCGUCCGCCCACAUUCCUCACCGACAUCCACCCCGACUUUACUGCCGCGCCCAACGGUGGAAAUGUUUUUAAAAAAUAAGCGCGUUUUAAACCGUAAAGGCGAGGGUGAGGUUAAAGAUCACAAAGAUGGCGGCGCCCAGGCUCUGAUGUCUUGUUGAAGACUCUUGGAAUGACUGAACUCCUUCACUUUGUAAACCUCCUUGGUGUGAUGGUCUUUCUGCUCACCGUUCUCUAUCACUGGGUCGACAUUACACACUCAAGAUCUACAACCCUUACUCAGAAUUUCUAUGAUGCCAGGCCAAAGAGAGCUUUCACAGUCAGUGCCGAAGGAAGGUGUACACACGAAAGUCCAAAUCAGAGUGUGAACAAGAGUCUUGAUCAGUGAUUUGUGAAUUUUGCUUGAAAUGUCCACUUGCACCUUAAAAUCCAGAGCCCGCUGGUUGUAAAAUACUUGGGAAAUCCUGACAAAUCCUUCUGAACGUUGAGACGUGGAGCCUGAAGCUGGUGCCAUGACCCCUUUGAAGCCGGUGGUUGAAGUGGUGAACCUGGGGAGGAUUUCUUACGGGAACGCACUGCAAGCUCAGCGGAGGUACAUCCGGCGCCACAUCGACUGCCUGUCGCAGCCGCCGGCCGCUGAACCGGCGGUGAACGCGCUGCUCCUGUGUGAGCAUCCUCCUGUCUACACUGUCGGCAUAAGGACGGCGCAGUACCCGGUGGAGGAAGAGGAGAGGCUGAACGGGCUGGGGGCCGAGUUCCACCGGGCGGACCGAGGAGGGCUGAUCACCUUCCACGGCCCCGGGCAGCUGGUGUGCUACCCCAUCCUCAACCUGGCCCACUUCAGGAAGAGCGUGCGCUGGUAUGUGGCGGAGCUGGAGACCACCACCAUCCGGCUCUGCCGCAAGUUCGGGAUUCAAGCAGACACCUCGCCAGACACUGGCGUCUGGGUGGCAAGCAACAAAAUCUGUGCCAUCGGAAUCCACUGCGGCAGAUACAUCACCUCUCACGGGUUAGCGCUGAACUGCAACACUGAUCUGCACUGGUUCUCUCACAUCACGCCCUGUGGCCUCAAGGGCAAAGGGGUGACGUCCCUGACUCAAGUACUGGGCAGAGAAGUGACUAUCUCCGAGGCCGUGGAACCCUUUCUUGAAACAUUCGCCGCACAGUUCAACUGUACGCUGAGGUGUUAGGAACUCUCCAUCCCCACAGAUCACCCAGCCAACUGAAGAGGUUUUCAGAUGUCGGAUGUUUGCAAGGCAAUUAUGUGAGCAAUUUUGAGCCCCAUAUCUGAGGAAGGAUGUGAUGGCGCUGGAGAGGGUCCAGAGGAGGUUGACAAGAAUGGUCCCAGGAAUG